AUGAAUGUCAACAGGGGAGGCGCAUUUGGGGAUGAGAGCUUCGCAAGUGCACGGUCGUCCGCCCUCCGAGCUUAUCGGGAGAUAUUUGGCCCUUCGUCGCCGGAGUUUGGGGAAUUUGCGGCGCAUCUCAUGUUUGACUGGGGUCUCUCUGGUGAUGUCUCUGAUCUCCAUGAGCGCUUCCUGGCAUGUGCGGCACAGGCCCUGAGACCGCAAGACAAGGUCAAGACGCGGCGCUGGUUCAGCUGGCUAGUCCGUUUCCGUGGCUUGACUUCUAAGAACAGCGACGAUGAACUAGAGGGAAUCAACUUGCAGGAUUUGGACGAUCCGUCGCGGAAAAACACUUAUGGAGGCUUGGAUCAAACGUGGACAACUGAUUUGAAACUGAACCUCAUGGCUGGCGAACUGAAAGGCAAGAGCCGGCUGACCAUGGAGAAACUCCAGAUGGACGAGGACGACCAAGCUGAAAUGACACUUGGAGACAUCAAGGCAAUGAAAAAGAAUGCGCUGGAUGCCCAGGACGACGAGGACGACGAGGACGACGAGGACGACGAGGAGGACGAGGAGGAGGAGGAGAGGAUUGACUAUUGCCAAACUCCUAUCUUCAGAAGCCACUUGAAGAACAUCCGCUGCGGCGUAGAUCCAGAGAAAAACAGGCAGUAUCAGGCUGCCAGGUCGAAUCUGCAUUGGGUGGACGAAGAGUUGUUUCCACUUUUUUCACAGUUUCACAAUGAAGAAGUGCUGGCCCGUCUUAAGUGUGGGGCUCGAUCGCACCUUGAACUUUCACAGCAAACCAAUCAUUUGCUGUCCUUCCUUGAACUCAUGACGUGCACAGCGGGGGAGCGUGCUUGGCAUAUGCUGCACCACAGUUACACGUUUCCAGAACAGUGGGCCGCAAUGUUGGCACCGCUCAGGGAAGGAUUGGAUGCCUUCGGGGAGUUCAAGCACAUUGCUGAGCUUGUCAUUUCAGCAGAGACCACGCUCAAAGAUCCCAAGCAUGGUGAUCGGGCAUUGAAGGAAGCAUUGGACAUGCUUUGGUGGAACAGGUUGCCUCUGGUUCGAUUGGUCAUUGCUAAAUGCAGGGCUCACGGGUGGCAGAGAAAUGCCAUCUACCAAUUCGUGUGGCGACUGUUCAGUGGUCCCAGCGCGACAAAGAGUGGCCAAGAGGACAUCCUGCAGGAUUUGUCACAUGCUACACGUGCCAAUCGGAGGAAAGAUGUUCGACUGUCAAGGGCGAUGUAUCUCGCCGCAACCUCCGAACAGCUCAGUAACCUUCCAGUGACACCCUUGACAUUGAAUCCGGGUGACAUUUGCAAACUUGGAUCUUUGGUCGGCGGUGUGACAGCAGACGACUUUGCACCGCGGCGAAUGAAGACAUUUGAGAAUGAGUCUGACCGUUCUGAAGUGCUUUACUCUGCCAUACAAAAGGUGAAGGCCAGCCAGGCCAAUCAGACUCAGGACUGGGAGUGA